GUGUGUGUGUGUGUGUGCGCGCGUGAGUGUGCACAUAUUCGUUGCUGAGAAGUUGCUGCUGUGCUAGCAGGGGAGAGAAAGAGAUACAUUUUGAGACACUAACGGGAAAAUAAAAAUCUUCCACCAUUUUCUCCAAAGGCGAAAACAUGGCAUUUGCGGGCCUAAAAAAGCAAAUUAAUAAAGCAAAUCAGUAUGUCACUGAAAAGAUGGGAGGUGCUGAAGGCACCAAACUGGAUCUGGAUUUCAUGGAGAUGGAGCGCAAAACGGACGUCACGGUCGAGCUAGUCGAAGAGUUGCAAGCCAAGACCAAAGAGUACUUGCAACCGAACCCGACAGCUAGAGCGAAGAUGGCAGCGGUCAAAGGUAUUUCUAAAUUAUCAGGUCAGGCUAAAAGUAAUACUUAUCCACAACCAGAAGGUAUACUGGCUGACUGUAUGCUGACGUAUGGUAAAAAGCUGGGUGAGGACAGUAUUUUCGCGUCGGCGUUGGUUGAAAUGGGCGAUUCGCUCAAGCAGAUGGCUGACGUGAAAUACUCGCUUGAUGAUAACAUCAAACAAAACUUCCUCGAACCGCUCCAUCAGCUACAGACGAAGGAUCUGAAGGAAGUGAUGCACCAUCGUAAAAAACUCCAAGGCAGACGUCUUGAUUUCGAUUGCAAGAAAAGGCGACAAGCCAAAGGAUCUCAAAUUACAGAUGAUGAAAUUAGGAGCGCUGAGGAGAAAUUUGCCGAAUCGCUACAGCUCGCACAGGUUGGAAUGUACAAUCUGUUGGAGAAUGAUGUUGAGCAAGUCUCGCAGCUGGUAACAUUCGCUGAGGGAAUGCUCGAUUAUCAUUCUCAAUGUUCUGAAAUACUGAAGGUAUUGGUGGAAACACUAAAUGAAAAACGUGAAGAAGCCGCAGCAAGGCCAAAGUCCGAAUUCGUCCCCAAGACGCUUGCCGAUCUGAACAUCGAAAUGCUCGGUUCGCAGGAUGGAAUGAACGGUGGGCCCCAUUUCCUUAAUCCCAAUAGGUUGAACAAUUCCCAUCACCACAUGUACAGCUCCCAGCAAAAUCUGUCCAAUAACAAAAACCACUCUUCCAACCACAACAACAAUAGUAGCCACUUUAACCGCAACCGAUUGUACGGCUCCCAGCAGAGCCUUGCGUCGUCACGGAGCGGUGGCACCUCGAGUGCAUUUAGCGGUGUAGGUGGCAGAACAGGCGACACGAGCGGCAUUGGUAGUAUUAGUAGUGCCGAUGGGUCUGACAUGCGCCCGCCGUCUUACGGUGGAACGUCCGUAGACAGCUGGUUGAACGCAUGGGAUCAACCGAAUAGUGGGGAAUUUGCCGGAAACGGUAACAGUGGUUUUGGUGCAGGGUCUAAACCGGGCAAGAUUACUGCAGCCACCAACAGCGGGACCAACAGUUGGUAUAAUAAUAAGAGCAGUAACAGUACGAUGUACAGUACCGCUACUACCAAUAGCACCGCCAUGUUUGCUAACAACAACAACUUCAGUGUACCUUGGUCAGCAUCCCCAUUGCCAUCUCCGAUGCGCUCUCCUGCAAGAACGCCAAUGCCAACGAAACCUACACAACCGUGCUGCACAGCACUGUAUGAUUUUGAGCCAGAAAACCCUGGAGAGUUGGGUUUCAAGGAAAAUGAUGUCAUUACUCUCAUUCAGCGCGUCGAUGAGAAUUGGUUUGAGGGCAGUUUGAAUGGAAGAAACGGCUAUUUCCCUCAGUCGUACGUACAGGUGACCGUACCACUGCCCAGCAAUUAAGUCAACAAACCAAGCGAAGCAUACAUAAGGUUAUUACUCAAACAAUAGUAUGUUAAAUUUACGACAACAGAAAAAUCGCAAACAAAUAUUAAUUAAAAGAAGCAAAACACGGUGCCGGGCGCACUCGCGCCGGCGAUGGAACAAAAUCGACCGAGACAAUGUUGGGAAAGUUGGCUCGCAUGUGAACUGGUAGCAGUAUAUUUACUCAGCAGUUAAAUGUGUGCUGCGUUAGCAGGAAUAGCAGAAAGGUAAAAAAGGACAAAAUCAAAGCACUGUUUUUCAAUCCAUCGAACAACCUGGGAUUGUUGAACCACAUACACAAACUCAUCUGAAUAGCUAGCGCCAA